CAUGUCAGCCUCCGUACAGUUGUCAUGAGGUCUGAUAGGAUUUGUGGUCAGCUCAAAGUCUGACACGGUUCAAUCAUUUGGUUUAGAGUUCUCCUUUUCACAAAAAUGUCCAGGAUUCUUUUGAUUUUGUCGUCGAUAUUCGUGGUUUGCAGGGCUAAUAUCUGUCCGUGUAAGAGACUGGAACUCUGUCAGCAGAUCCGCGAGGACAGGGACUUUGAGGUGUUUGUGUUUGACGUGGGUGGAAAGACAUGGACGUCCUACAACUGGAGCAUGGUAACGACGGUGGCAACGUUUGGCAAAUAUGAUGCUGAGCUCAUGUGUUAUGCUCACUCAAAAGGAGCCCGAGUUGUUCUCAAAGGUGACGUUCGACUCUCCGACAUUGUGGACCAAGAAAACAGGACAGCAUGGAUAACAGAGAAGGUCAACCUGGCCAAGAGUCAAUUCAUGGAUGGGAUCAACAUCGACAUUGAACAAGCAGUGGAGGAGGACUCACCAGAGUACCACGCUCUGACAGCCCUGGUUAAAGAGACCACUGACACUUUUCACAGGGACAUCCCUGGCUCCCAGGUUUCAUUUGACGUUGCCUGGUCACCAAAAUGUAUUGACAAGCGCUGCUAUGACUACGUCACCAUCGCUCAGUCCUGCGACCUGCUCUUUGUGAUGUCUUACGAUGAACAGAGCCAGAUCAUGGGGGACUGUAUUGCCAUGGCAAAUGCCCCACUCUCUCAAACACUGGAUGCUUACGACCAGUAUGUGAAUAUGAACAUUGAUCCAAAGAAGCUUGUGAUGGGAGUGCCUUGGUACGGCUAUGACUACCCAUGCCUCAACCUUUCUGUGGAGGGAAUAUGUUCAAUUGCAAAAGUUCCUUUCCGUGGCGCUCCCUGCAGCGAUGCAGCUGGAAAACAGAAACCCUACAAUUGGAUCAUGAAGGAGGUCAACAUCUCAAUGUCUGGCAGGCUCUGGGACGACAGGCAGCAGGCUCCUUACUUCAAUUACAAGGACCAGACAGGACAGACUCAUCAGGUUUGGUAUGAUGACCCACAGAGCAUUUGUCCUAAGGCAGACUCUGUGAAAUCUAAAGGUUUGAGGGGAAUUGGCAUGUGGAACGGAAACAUCUUGGACUACAGUGAUGAGCCGGUUGCCAGGCAGCAGACUGCAGAGAUGUGGAAUGCGCUGUUAGGAUGCUAGCUGGGAUACACUUGAAAUGGCUUCAGAAAUUUACAUUACCCCUCCUGUUUGUUGCUAAGUCAAUAUAUCCUUUGUAGCAGUAAUGGGCUGUGGCUUCCCUUAUAAGUCUAGAUGCAUAACUGCACUUCAGAGUUUAUCGUGGAUUUUAUUGCACUUGUCUCUGAAUGUUAGGUCUCAGACAUUUGUCUGUACUGACUUAAAUGACUGUGAUCCUCUGAAAAGACAGGCAAUCUCUUUAAAUGUGAUGAACACAAGCAGCGUUUUUGAUUGAACAAUACUGAGCUUACUGAAUUUGUGCACUUUUAUUUUUUUAAAUAAAUAUUUUCUGUUAAAUCUGUCA